GUAGUGGAGAGAAGAUAUCUCAUAAGAACAACGUGGAAGUAAAGUUGCGAAUAUGUUCAUACCAAAAAGACGCUCGUCACUUUGUAAUGAGAUUGAUAUAGCCGUUGAAGAGUAUGAUCAAGAAGAUAGUGCAAUACAAGAGGGGAAAGAUAAGAAUAGUAUGAAUCAUACUAUUGUAGAGCAAGAAAGGGGAUGUUUCCUAUGUACAAAGCAAGGAAAUUUGGGACAAUCAAUUGUAACAAGAGGUAGACGAAGAUCUUCUAAUUCUUUCAAAAUCGGUUCAUUUGUAGACUCAUUACUAAUUGAUAGAACAUCAUCAGGUAAAUCUGAACCUAUUCAAUUUACACUUACAAUGUUGGUAACUGACUUUACACAUCACCAGAAAAGAGGUGGAACAAUACCAGAUAAACCAAAGAGAGUUAAUAUGAAAUUCCCGGUUCAAUAUGUAGAAUGGCAAGAUGAAUCGAAUUCCCCAUUAGUUGGCAAUAUUGAUAUUAGUGAAGCCUUACAUUCCAAAUUUAGAAAGUUUCCUGGAUUUCUGAUUCCAUACAAAUCUACUUUAAGAGUAAGUGUAUUAAAUACAGAGAAUUCUACAAUCGCAAUGUGUCUACUAGAGUAUGAUUUAUUGACAUUACCGGUCAACAGUAAGAGACAGGUUCGGUAUACAUCUGAUGGGAUAGUAGUUCAAAUAUCAUUUGUUCGUCUGAACAAUAAAAAGUAUUAUGUGACAGAUUCUUUGCGCAUAGUAAUUCUAAGUAAGGAGAAGGAAAUAAUACAAAAUAAUUGGGAAAUAUUUACUGUGAGUCAAAUUAAAUUUGAUGAAUCUUAUUAUUCCCUUUGUGAGAAAUGUCAAGUCAACUAA